UUAGGGACUAUUUCAUAACCUUCUCGUUGAAAGGUGCGUAACACAGUAUCGUAUCGAAAGAAUGUCGUGAAAGUUCCUGUACGAAAUACAAUUCGGCUGACUGAUAUUUUCCGUAAUAUCUUCGUGGUGUUUGCUGAGGGUGUCUCGUCUUUAUGAUAUUCCGACAGUGGAAUGGCGUUAGUAAAACAAUUUCAAAGGUUCUCGCGAUCAAUUCUCGGCAUCGCUUCGAAUUAUACAAAAUACACAAGCAACACAACAUUGCCUUUUUUGCAGGCGACAAGAGGAACCUCAACAACACAACCACUUUCGAAAAAACAAGAAGUAAAUAUAACAUUUGUUAAGGCAAGUGGAGAGAAAAUCAAAGCAAAAGGAAAAGUUGGAGAUACUAUUUUGGACAUUGUUGUGAACAAUGAAAUUGAUCUAGAUGGAUAUGGUGCUUGUGAAGGAACAUUAACAUGUAGCACAUGCCAUUUAAUAUUUCCAAAAGAUAUUUAUGAUGCACUUCCUGACAAACCAACAGAUGAAGAAUUAGAUAUGUUGGAUCUAGCAUAUGAAUUAACAGACACGUAA